AUGAAACCGGCAAUUAUCUGGCUGCUGCUGGUGGCGUGCGUCGCCGCGGAACUGGGCGAGGACCCCUGGGUCGAGGAGGAGGACCUCGACGAGCCGUACAGCGACGACGAGUACGCACACGAGCGGAGAGCGAGGGAGGCCGUGGAGGGACAAGGAGCCAAGCGCUGUGACGAAGAAACGGUGCGAUCCACGGAGGACCACGUGCGGAGGCCGAGGCAGGUGCACCAGUACGAGGUGCACGAGAUCCACGAGGAGAGCGGCCAGCCGUCGGUCCCGUACGAGGAGAUGCUGGCGGCGAGCGCUGAGCACUACCACAAAGUGCACGCGCCCCCAUCCGGAAAGGCGGCGCGCUAUUUGAGCGCGGACGUGAGUCACCCCAAUAACUUGGCCGUCCGUGUUGUGCCGUCCAACCCAAACCCACAGACGUUCCAGGCUCCCUUGGGUGUCCCUAACCUGUUGCACGCUAACUCCGCCCCGGGCUCGGUGCAGGGCUUUGUGAACGUGCCAACAGGGCAGCUGCCACGGCAGACGCUAGCGGCUGACCAGCUCCCGGCAGCUGUCCACCACCAGCCGAAGCACCACGGAGGGCACGGUCACUCGCAAGGCGGCGGCCACGGACAUCUAGCCCACCACCACAACGAGCAUGGCGCCAAGUCGACGAAAGGCUCAAAGAGCGAUCAUCAUGUGGACAAGGGGAGCAAAGGCUUCAAGAAAGAUGAGAACCACCGCAAGGAGUACGAAGAGGCAGCCGGCAAGCGGAGCAAGCACCACGACCGCGCUGGCCACGAGGGUGCCCACGAGGAAGAGGCCCAUGGCCACAGAGGCUCCAAAUUCGAAGAGAAGAAGGGACACAAGAAAGGGCACAAGACCAAAGGCUACCACAACAAGUACCACAAGGACGAGUUCCACAAGGAGCACAAGUUCUACGACGACUACCACAAGAGCGGCGAGCACCACCGCUACGGAAAGUUCAACGCGAAGCACGCGAGCGACGAGAGCGGCAAGAAGAAGGCGCACCACGUGAACGCCGGCCACGACUUCGUGGAACGGGGCAAGAAGGGAUACAGCAAUAAGGGCCACAUCGACGCCGACCACAAAGGGCACAACGGCAAGCGUGGUCACGAGGAGCACCACGAGAACCACUCGCAGCACGGGAGGAAGGGUGGCAAGGAAGGCGGCUCCCACUGGGGCUACGCCAAGAAC